AUGACCAGUGGAAUUAGUGGUGGCUCGCUGACCGCGUCCACACCUUCCAAUGAUCACCCUUUCAUUUGGGCCCGAAAUAAAUUCUUGUCUCUCUUGUCCCCGUCUGAGCAGGCCGAUCUCUCCUCGUGCCUCUCUGUGGAGGACCUUAUCGGCAAUCUUGAGAGGAUUCCGAGCCUCAGCAAUGGUGGUCGGCGCGUCAAGCGUAGUUUGGAAAAGGUCAAGGUCCUCGGUGAUAAUCUCCAACCAUAUUUCAGAAUCAUGGAGACAUUCUGCGGUGCUCAUCCUGAAUGGGCCAAUAUUGCGCUUGGUUCACUUCAGCUGGUUCUCCAAUUGGCCAGCCACUUCGUUACAUUCUUUGAAAAGCUAUGCGAUGUUGUGGAGACACUCAACUUGAGAUUACCCAGAUAUCAGACAUUGUACGACUCCCUAGCUCAGCAGCCAAACGCAUUGACCCCCUACUUGGAAUCCGCGUUCAAAAGACUAUAUUAUCAUCUAUUCGAAUUCUAUGGUGCUGUGGCCCUCGUGUUCUCAAAGAAAUGCGGUAAAUUGAAGAGGACGCCGUCUGUAGUUGCCAGUCUCCUGUGGCAGCCAUUCGAUGUCAGAUUUCAGAAUAUCCUCGAAAGCAUUAGUCUUGACCAAAACAUUGUGAAGGAAGAAUUAUUUUUUGCGAGUCAGGGUGGUUUCAACGAAAGAAUGGUAAGGUCUGCGCAGAAAGAUCGUGAACAGAUGCUUACGCAUCUAUCCGCAAUUCAAAUGAUGCAGAAUGCGCAGUCUCGACAGCAUCUUCCAAGCGCGGCCACACAAUGGCUCGAUCCCCCUGCGUACAAAACCAACUUGGAGCAGGCUCAAGACGCUAAACUUAAGGGUACUCAUGAAUGGCUCCAAGACGAUCUUCGCCUCACAUCGUGGAGAUCGGGUGCUAUCCAGAACAGCGGAUUGAGCUCGGUUCAAGAUGACUCCCAGAUACUAUGGAUUUCUGGAAACCCGGGCUCGGGAAAGACAGUCCUUGCUGGAUCCUUAAUCCACGAACUCAAAAAGAACGAUCAUCAAUCUGACACAGACUCUGCUCCUGAAGUAUGUUACUACUUUUUCAGCCAGAACCUCAACACCCGAAACUCGCCCGUCGACGCCUAUCGUGCUAUUGCUACGCAGAUGUUUGAAUACUUCAAGAUGUUCGAAAAGGUCAGCAACAUAUUUGCUCUGGGGAUACGCAGCGGGGCUGUCCUGCAGAAAUCUUCGGAGGACGAAAUUGUAGACACAAUCUCUCAGUGUCUGCCGCACCUUCCCAACCUGUACUUCGUGGUCGAUGCCAUCGACGAGUGUUCCCACGGCGACCGCCUGAUUCGUCAGCUGUCAAAAUGGUGUGAUUCAUCACCGUUGAGGGUGGUCAUGCUCAGUCGGCCUGACGUCGCAGGCCUUCGACGCCGGAUACCCAAAAAUGACCGGAUUAUUCUUGGUGGGGCUCACGUGAACGCUGACAUUGCUCGCUACCUCCAGUUGGAGGUUGAGACGUUAGUCGAGGAAGGUCUAUUGUCGGAGAAUGUUGACAAGGCCGCCAUCGUAUCACACCUUGUCGGCCGAGCUGAAGGAAUGUUCUUGUGGGCACGUCUUAUUAUCGCGUACUUAAAUGGACCAGCCAUGACGCGGGCUCAGCGAUUGGCAACAAUCAUGGAGAGAAAUACAGAGGGACUUGACCAGCUUGACGAGAUGUACAAGCGCAUCGAGACUCGUAUCAACUCCAUGGACCCACAUAGCAAAAGCAUGUCGCGCAAAGCGUUGAUGUGGGUGGCUCACGUUGGGAUCUCGCCAGAAGAGCUGAAAGACGCUCUGUUCCCCGAGGGAUGGGACAUGGAACCGCGAGGUAUAAGCGAACAAUUCGAGCACGCGGUCAUUGUGGUUUGUGGUGGUUUGGUCGAAAAAGGUCCCCAACCCACCAACCUUUUCCGAUAUAUCCACUUGACUGCUCUGGAAUUUGUCCAGCCUCGCAGUCGCUGUCCAUUACACCGCCCUCUGAUCCCAAGCGCACCGCAAUCCAAGGCUAUAAUCACAACACGACUCAUUUCCUUCUUAAAAGCAAUCCCACAGGGGCCUUUGUCCGGCGUUCUAGGCGAAUCUGCUUCACCGGCAACUGUGCUUUGCCAAUUACCGUUAAUGAGACUUGCUACAGAUUGGAUGGACUUUCUCCUACAAACAAUCGCCGUCACCACUGAUUCGAGCACUGACAUACCCGAGGAAGUCACAAAAAUGGCAGAUAAUGCUUCUAAGUACCUCAAAAACCGGCUAAGCAUUAUGGUUUGGGUCGAAGCAUGGUACAAUCUUCGCACAUCACCCGAAGGAGCGCAAAGCUGUACUACGAAUCGCUUCGAGUCGCUACGAGAUGACAUUGUAAGCCUUUCCACACGGAUUCAAAACCUUGAGAACAUAGAGAAUCUGCUCUCCAACCUGCGUGAUUUCGCCAAUGACUUGAUCAACCUUGACGAGGCAUGGGCAUCACUCUUGAGGAGUAGCCCGCACGAGAUCUGGGGCGAUGUAACUAUCUUCACCAAGAGUAGAUUCUUAGUCUCGACCACUGCCGGAUCUGCGCAGUGUCUUGCGCCAGAGAUGGUGGUUGAGCCAGACCUAGACACAAGCAAAACAACAAAGCCUACCUUUUCAGUCUCGAUGAGUUCUGCCGAUGGCUGUCAACUGGCAGUCCUUGCUAUCUUUCCCUGCGAGGUCUUUCGUAAGGGAUGGGAAAACUUGACCGACAUCCCAUCAGUCCAAGGUUCAAUCAAGUGGGUGAGGGAUCGCCGUCAGGGCCAAUGGUUACCCCGAGUACCAGUCACUCCCUCCGAAUUCCAGAUGGCGUCCACUGGCUGGAUCGCGACGUACCAGAUUUUUGCCAUAAUGGAGACUGGCUCCGAGAGCAUCUGUAACAGCACCUUUUACCUGCUAGCUUGCAAUGUUGAGCUUUGCCUCCGUCAGUGUCUGAGGUUUUCACCUAUGGGCUGCUGGAAAUGCAGCUUCCCUCUGACAAUCGCCCCGGGACUUGGCCAUUUCUCCAUCCUAAACAAUGUAUACCGCUUCGACACGAGUUUCGAUAUCUGUUGCAUCGCUUUCGCCGAUUUCGAAGCGAGUUCUUGGGCUGCAGUCGACGGCGCUAUCUGCAUUGCAGUUUUUGCCGUUGCAUCAAGUUCAGCCGGAAAUAAAACUCCGACAUUGAUCAAAAGGACUUGUUCGUGGACAGAUCGGGGGUUCAUAACGAAUCCUCACUUUCACCCCGUUGAUCCACUCUUUCUUUUCACAAUGGGAAAGGGCGUGUUCAUUUGGCAUUUCCGAGAACAACCGUACCCGACCCUGAUCAAACAACUAUCACCGAUACUCAGUGCUAGACCCACCGUUGGAUUCUCGCACUGUGGCACAGCGAUCGCUAUUGUCUACACUGGUCGGCGAUGGCCACUACUUAUACCUCUAUCACCUGUGCUGCGCAAAGUGACGCGUAUUCAGAGCAGUGCUCACAAGCGAUCAAUAGAUGACGGUGUCAACAUCUCACGGCCAAACAAGAAACCCCACCUUGUACAGUUGAAUCAUCCAGAAUCGGACAUGGACAAGACUGUAGCCGCGGCGCCAAAUCAGUUACCAUCUGCCCUUUCGACCUCAUCUAUCGUAGCCUGGCAAGACAAAGGGACCUCGAAAAAUGGGAACAUGGCUUUUAUCAACAUGAAGAGCCACCCUAACCAGAUCGAUUUGGUGUAUGGUAAUGAGGACCGCGCCAAUGGGAUAUCGCUAUGCAAGCUCCCCAGCCAAAUACCCCUCGGAUCAGCAUCCGUCGGGGUCACGAUACGCCCAGGAUCCUACGAUAGCAGUCGCUCCGUAUGCACAAUGGCGGUCAACUCCGACUCUGCACGUGUGUACGAAAGCGACGAGCAGGGGGCGGCCGAGCACCUCCCGCUUGUUGUUUGGAAAGACGCCCUUGCGUUACGCGUGAAUCCAUGGGCUGACCAUUUGAUAAGCCCAAGGCAGGAUCCCAGAAUUGACUGGCAGGCUGUUGAAAACGGCGCUCCUAUGAUAGAGGACAGCUCUGAUUCGUGA